AUGCUGCCGGCGAAGGCGGGCCCGCUGGACCUCGGCGAGGAGGAGAAGCGCAGCAUGGAGCGCCAGGCGAGCAGCGUGAGCUUCGUCAUCAGCCCGACGCGGACGUCGGACGUCGGGCCGCCGGGCCCGAGCCCCGUCAACGCCGCCUUCCGCCAGACGGCGCGGAACGUCAAGCAGCCGCGGAAGACGCGGCCGUCGCUGAAUUUGUUCGGCGGCGGCCAGAAGCAGAAGCAGCAGUCGACGUCGAGCCUCGUGUCCAUCAAGAACAGCGAGGAGGAGGGUUUGUGGGAGAACGCGGCCAUCGAGGACUCGAGCCAGGUCGAGUUCCCCAAGGACGGGCGCCGCUGCCCGAUCUUCGACCCCUUCACGCCCUAUAGAGUGGCGUGGGACCUCGCGAUGAUGGGCGCGAUCCUCUUCGUCAUGAUCGUCACGCCCUUCGAGAUGGCCUUCAUCGCGGACCCGGGCACGUUCAUUCGGCUCCCGGCGGCGCCGAGCAGCGUCUGGCUCUGGUGCAUGAACCGGCUCAUCGACUUUGGGUUCUUCGUGGAUCUGCUGCUCGCGUUCAACACGGCCUACUUCGACGAGGCGUCGGGCCACUGGGUCACGGACCGCUACGUCAUCGCCCGGUCCUACCUCCAGGCCUGGUUCUGGCUCGAUCUCGUGUCGCUCGUGCCCUACUCGGUGCUGCCGGUGUCGGAGAAGGCGGGGCUGCUGCGGUUCGUGAAGCUCGCGCGGCUCAUGCGCCUCCUGCGGGCCUUCAAGUCGCCGCGGAUUUUAGCAAAUCUCUACAAGCACAUCACGCUGCACAACCGCACGCAGACGCUCGUCAAGUACAUCACGUUAUUGAUCGUGACGAUCCACUGGUCCGCGUGCUGCUUGCGUCUCGCGACGUCGAUCCACCUCGACAAGUGCGGCGAGCACCACGACAAGUGCCCGGCCACGGUGCUCACGGCUUCCAAGUUCUGGGCCGACGGCGUCUGGCCCCAGUACCUCGCGGCCGUGCUCUGGGCCUUCCAGUGCCUCCAGGGCGAGUCCGCCGCGGAGACGCACGUCGAGCUGCUUUUGAACGUCGUCGUCAUGCUGCUGGGGUGCCUGGAGCUGGCCUUCAUGCUCGGGGAGCUGACGAACACGCUGACGAACCUCGACCCCGUCGGGAACGAGUUCAAGCUCACCUUCGACAGCCUCAACGACUACAUGACGAAGAAGAAUUUUCCGAUAGCGCUCCGGCUCCGACUGCGCGAGUACAUCAUGCUCGCGGAGCCCGUCUACCGCGACAACUACUACCGCGCGCUGUUGGAGAAGCUGUCGCCGCGCUUAGAAGCCAUCGUCGCGCACCAAAAUUUAGGCAACGUCGUCAACCGCAUCCCCUUCUUCGCCUACACGGUGCAGCGCGCCUACGGCGUCAACACGGGCUCGCUCGUGGCCCUGAAGCCGUCGCGCGACGUCACGGACGCGGACGCGGGCGCCGCGGGCGACGUGCGCCUGGCGCACGUCGUCAACGUGCCGACGUACCUGAAGUACGACGUCGAGUACGUCGACGACGCGUCCGUCGAGACGGGCGUGUCGCACGCGCGCGUCGUCGUCGACCGCAACGACGUCCUUCUGCGGACGAAGAUCCAGCAGACCUUGUAUCAACGGGACCACUUCGUGAUAGCCGUGGCCCGUUUGUUGGAGCCGCAGCUCGUCAUGCACAGCGACAUCAUCGUCUACCGCAACCUGUCGCUCAACGACGUCAUGUACAUCGUCGAGACGGGCUACAUCGUCCUCUUCGGCGCGGACCCGUCGCGGAGCGAGCGCGUGCUCGUGCGCAAGUCCAACGACUCCUUCGGCGACGACAUCGCCAUGAACGUCGGCGGCAAGGAGCCCGUGCUCCGCCAGUUCACGGCCAAGGCGAAGCGGAAGACGCGGCUCUUCACGUUGGGCAGCGGCCGCUUCAACGCGCUCUUCCCGAAGCCGAGCAUGGCCGCGGGCGGCGGCGCGGGGGCCGGCGCGGGCGGCGGCGGCGGCGCGGGCGGCGGCGCCGCGGCCUCGGGCGCCGGGGCCGGCGGCGGGGCCGGCGGCGCCGCGGGCGUGGGCGCCGCCGCGGGCGUGGGCGCCGGGGCCGGCGGCGGGGCGGGCGCCGCCGCGGGCUUGGGCGCCGGCUUGCGGCGCGGGCGCCGCCGCGGCUUGGGCGCGGGCUUGGGCGGCGCGGCCACGACGAGCUUCGGCGCGGCCCUGGGCCCCUGGAGCCCCGCGGCGGAGAGGCCCGAGGCGGAGAGGCCCGAGGCGCUCAGCGCCGCGCCGGAGCCGACGGCCGACGCCUUGCGGAGGCGGAGCGGCACGACGGGCUUGGCCUUGGGCGACGGGACCGCGCGGAAGUUCACGGCCUCGGGCGCGGGCGACGGCGGCGACGCCGUCUGCUCCAGCGUCGAGAUCUGGGGCGCCGACGCCGUGCGCGUCGGCACCGUGGGCUCGAAGUCGUCGAAGAAGGACGGCUCGGCCGCCGGCGCCGGCGCGGCGGCGGGCCCGCUGGACCUCGGCGAGGAGGAGAAGCGCAGCAUGGAGCGCCAGGCGAGCAGCGUGAGCUUCGUCAUCAGCCCGACGCGGACGUCGGACGUCGGGCCGCCGGGCCCGAGCCCCGUCAACGCCGCCUUCCGCCAGACGGCGCGGAACGUCAAGCAGCCGCGGAAGACGCGGCCGUCGCUGAAUUUGUUCGGCGGCGGCCAGAAGCAGAAGCAGCAGUCGACGUCGAGCCUCGUGUCCAUCAAGAACAGCGAGGAGGAGGGUUUGUGGGAGAACGCGGCCAUCGAGGACUCGAGCCAGGUCGAGUUCCCCAAGGACGGGCGCCGCUGCCCGAUCUUCGACCCCUUCACGCCCUAUAGAGUGGCGUGGGACCUCGCGAUGAUGGGCGCGAUCCUCUUCGUCAUGAUCGUCACGCCCUUCGAGAUGGCCUUCAUCGCGGACCCGGGCACGUUCAUUCGGCUCCCGGCGGCGCCGAGCAGCGUCUGGCUCUGGUGCAUGAACCGGCUCAUCGACUUUGGGUUCUUCGUGGAUCUGUUGCUCGCGUUCAACACGGCCUACUUCGACGAGGCGUCGGGCCACUGGGUCACGGACCGCUACGUCAUCGCCCGGUCCUACCUCCAGGCCUGGUUCUGGCUCGAUCUCGUGUCGCUCGUGCCCUACUCGGUGCUGCCCGUGUCGGAGAAGGCGGGGCUGCUGCGGUUCGUGAAGCUCGCGCGGCUCAUGCGCCUCCUGCGGGCCUUCAAGUCGCCGCGGAUUUUAGCAAAUCUCUACAAGCACAUCACGCUGCACAACCGCACGCAGACGCUCGUCAAGUACAUCACGUUAUUGAUCGUGACGAUCCACUGGUCCGCGUGCUGCUUGCGUCUCGCGACGUCGAUCCACCUCGACAAGUGCGGCGAGCACCACGACAAGUGCCCGGCCACGGUGCUCACGGCUUCCAAGUUCUGGGCCGACGGCGUCUGGCCCCAGUACCUCGCGGCCGUGCUCUGGGCCUUCCAGUGCCUCCAGGGCGAGUCCGCCGCGGAGACGCACGUCGAGCUGCUUUUGAACGUCGUCGUCAUGCUGCUGGGGUGCCUGGAGCUGGCCUUCAUGCUCGGGGAGCUGACGAACACGCUGACGAACCUCGACCCCGUCGGGAACGAGUUCAAGCUCACCUUCGACAGCCUCAACGACUACAUGACGAAGAAGAAUUUUCCGAUAGCGCUCCGGCUCCGACUGCGCGAGUACAUCAUGCUCGCGGAGCCCGUCUACCGCGACAACUACUACCGCGCGCUGUUGGAGAAGCUGUCGCCGCGCUUAGAAGCCAUCGUCGCGCACCAAAAUUUAGGCAACGUCGUCAACCGCAUCCCCUUCUUCGCCUACACGGUGCAGCGCGCCUACGGCGUCAACACGGGCUCGCUCGUGGCCCUGAAGCCGUCGCGCGACGUCACGGACGCGGACGCGGGCGCCGCGGGCGACGUGCGCCUGGCGCACGUCGUCAACGUGCCGACGUACCUGAAGUACGACGUCGAGUACGUCGACGACGCGUCCGUCGAGACGGGCGUGUCGCACGCGCGCGUCGUCGUCGACCGCAACGACGUCCUUCUGCGGACGAAGAUCCAGCAGACCUUGUAUCAACGGGACCACUUCGUGAUAGCCGUGGCCCGUUUGUUGGAGCCGCAGCUCGUCAUGCACAGCGACAUCAUCGUCUACCGCAACCUGUCGCUCAACGACGUCAUGUACAUCGUCGAGACGGGCUACAUCGUCCUCUUCGGCGCGGACCCGUCGCGGAGCGAGCGCGUGCUCGUGCGCAAGUCCAACGACUCCUUCGGCGACGACAUCGCCAUGAACGUCGGCGGCAAGGAGCCCGUGCUCCGCCAGUUCACGGCCAAGGCGAAGCGGAAGACGCGGCUCUUCACGUUGGGCAGCGGCCGCUUCAACGCGCUGUUGGAGGGGCCCACGUUUUCCAUCUUUCGGACCUACAUCUCGCUCUACGGCCGGUGGAUGCGCAUCCGCAUGGUCCUGUUCCGGGGCCUCAAGUCCGGCCAGGUGCGGCGCCAGCUCACGGCGCUCCGGAGCCGCCGCGCGCUCGCGAUGCUCGGGGCCUCGAGCACGACGUCGAGCACGUCGAGCACGCCGCCGCCGCCGCCGCCGCCCGCGGCGCGUAUAGAGGCGGCGCCGCUCGUCGCCGCGCUCCUGCGCCUCGCGCCGGCGGGCGACGGCGAGCUGCUGGCGGCCUUCGGCGCCGGGGACGCCGCGCACGUCCUCGACGCGCUCGCGGGCCGCGUCGGCGCGCCCGUCGCCGCGGCCGCGGCCGACCCGGGAGCGCGCGCGACGCAGCUCCGGACGCUGUGCGAGGCCGUCUGCCGGGGCCUCGUGGACCUCGCGUUCCGCGGCGCGGCGCCGCCGGGCGUCGCGCCGUUGGUGUUGGACCUCGCGGCGCGGCUCCGGGGGCGGACGCCGGUGCCCGCCGCCGGCGACGACGGCUACGACCGCGACGACGACGACGACGACCUCCGCUACCGGCCCGCGGGCGACAGGGCAGGAAAAGAGUGCGAAAUUCCCAACUUCAAAGGCUCCUUUCUCGGCCGUUUUCCACUCGCGGACGACGGCGCCGACCCGCUCCUCGACGACUUCGCGACGACGCUCUGGCACGGCCAGCCCCGGGGCGUCCGCAAGCGCCGGGCGCGGCGCGACGGCGCGCCGGCCUGCGGCGACGGCCUCCUCGGCCGCGACUGGAUCGAGUGCGUCACGGGGCCCGCCGCGGGCCAGUAG